CAACAUCAACAUCAACAUCAACAUCAACAUCAACACAUCACCUUCAACUCCACUCAUCAUAUCAACAACCCCAUAAAAUGGCCUGCGAUUUAUAUCCCUACACGCCCAGCAUGGCCAUGGCAGCCAUUGCCGUCGUUCUCUUUUCAGGCCUGACUGCCGUCCACAGCUUCCGCAUGAUCACCACCCGCACAUGGGACAGCAUCUUCUUUGUUCUCGGUGGCUUAUGCGAACUGGGUGGCUUCGCUUCUCGACUGGUGAGCAGCGAGGAUGUAUGCAAUGUCGCGGCGUACCGCGCCCAAAGCGUGCUGCUGCUGCUGGGCCCGAGUCUGUUCAUGUUCUCGGUGAAUCUGACCCAGACGGAGUUUGCGCGCGCGCUCGACGCCGGACGAUUCUGCUGGCUCCCCUUCCCCGCGCAGCGAUGGGGAUAUCUGGGGGUGAACAGUGCGCUGCUGGUGGCGCAGGCGAUGGGCGGGAUCCUGACCGUGACGGCAACGGAAGUCUCGACGAUCGCCGCGGCCACGAAGCUGACGGUGGCCAUCUAUGUCAUCCAGAUGGUGUUUUGGCUGUUCACGCUGGCCGAGAACAUCGCCAUGACCUUUCGGCUGGGCCGGCACCCAACAGAGGCCAGCAAGACGGUCACCUUCAACUGGAAGCUGUACAAGAACCUGUUCGGCCUGGCGGUGUCGAUCAUCGCGACGGGGCGCAACCUCAUGCGCAUGACCAUGGCGGGCAAUGUGGCCUUUCUUGUCGACAACGAGUGGGCGCUGUAUGCCUUUGAUGGCUUCCAGAUGGUCGUCGUCCUGGGCGCCUGGACGAUCUUUUAUCUGCCGGAAAAGUGCACCUUCAAAGCCAGCCCGAAUGGCCGCCAAAGUUAUGUCAGGUUGGAACGGACCCGGCAGCAGCGACAGGAGCGCACCUUUUACGAGAAUGACAUGGCUUAGAUUUAU